AUGAGAAAGUUCAACGUAGGUUAAGUCCUCCAUAAGUCAGAGGUGUUACUGUACACAGCACCAGUCUGUUUCAUGCCAUACUGUAGCUCAGCUGGUAGAGCACGGCGCUUGUAACGCCAAGGUAGUGGGUUCGAUCCCCGGGACCACCCAUACACAAAAAUGUAUGCACGCAUGACUGUAAGUCGCUUUGGUUAAAAGCGUCUGCUAAAUGGCUUAUUAUUAUUAUAAUUAUUAUUAUUAUUAUUAUAAUUAUUAUUAUUAUUAUUACUGGAAUGUUGUUCUUAGAAACCUGGCAUGUUUGGUCAACUUUGCUAAAGGCCUAUAUAUACGCUAGCUUGCACCGUGUGAGUUGAAGCUUUUUGCUUUUGAACAUUCUAACCUCAUACAAGGCCACAGGGUUAGGACGGCGUAAAUAUUGUUGUUUCUAUCUCUCUCUCUCUCUCACACACACACACACACACACACACACAAGAGUAUUGCUAGAACAAACACACAGCCCUUGACCCAGAUCCUCAGGUCCCAGGGAGCCUGGAAAGAGCCUUGGGUGUGUGUGUGUGAGGUAUUUUUAUCAGGUGUAGGGUUGCCUCACCAUGAAGGCUGGGCCGUGAGGGAGGACGGGCUGGGCUGCUCCAAGGGUAACCAGUCUCUGACAACAUUUUAUUUAUUUAUUUUAUUUAACCUUUAUUUAACCAGGUAAGCCAGUUGAGAACAAGUUCUCAUUUACAACUGCCACCUGGCCAAGAUAAAGCAAAGCAGUGCGAUUUAAAAACAACAACACAGAGUUACAUAUGGGGUAAACAAAACAUAAAGUCAAAAAUACAACAUAAAAUAUAUAUACAGUGUGUGCGAAUGUAGUAAGUUAUGGAGGUAAGGCAAUAAAUAGGCCAUAGUGCAAAAUAGUUACAAAUUAGUAUUAACACUGGAAUGAUAGAUGUGCAAAAGAUGAUGUGCAAAUAGAGAUACUGGGGUGCAAAUUAGCAAAAUAAAUAACAAUAUGGGAGUGAGUUAGUUGGGUGGGCUAAUUUCAGAAUGGCUGUGUACAGGUGCAGUGAUCGGUAAGCUGCUCUGACAACUGAUGCUUAAAGUUAGUGAGGGAGAUAAGAGUCUCCAACUUCAGAGAUUUUUGCAGUUCGUUCCAGUCAUUGGCAGCAGAGAACUGGAAGGAAUGGCGGCCAAAGGAGGUGUUGGCUUUGGGGAUGACCAGUGAGAUAUACCUGCUGGAGCGCAUAAUACGGGUGGGUGUUGCUAUGGUGACAAUGAGCUAAGAUAAGGCGGGGAUUUGCCUAGCAGUGAUUUAUAGAUGGCCUGGAGCCAGUGGGUUUGGCGACAAAUAUGUAGUGAGGACCAGCCAACAAGAGCAUACAGGUCACAGUGGUGGGUAGUAUAUGGGGCUUUGGUGACAAAACGGAUGGCACUGUGAUAGACUACAUCCAAUUUGCUGAGUAGAGUGUUGGAGGCUAUUUUGUAAAUGACAUCACCGAAGUCAAGGAUUGGUAGGAUAGUCAGUUUUACGAGGGCAUGUUUGGCAGCAUGAGUGAAGGAGGCUUUGUUGCGAAAUAGGAAGCCGAUUCUAGAUUUAACUUUGGAUUGGAGAUGCUUAAUGUGAGUCUGGAAGGAGAGUUUACAGUCUAACCAGACACCUAGGUAUUUGUAGUUGUCCACAUACUCUAGGUCAGACCCACUUAGAGUAGUGAUUCUAGUCGGGUGGGCGGGUGCAAGCAGCAUUCGGUUGAAGAGCAUGCAUUUAGUUUUACUAGUGUUUAAGAGCAGUUGGAGGCUACGGAAGGAGUGUUGUAUGGCAUUGAAGCUCAUUUGGAGGUUUGUUAACACCGUGUCCAAUGAAGGGCCAGAUGUAUACAAAACACUGCGACGUUGUUGUUUCAGUCUGCAUCCUCACAUAUUGCCUCUAGAAAGAUAUUGUGGGGAUUCUAGAAAUUGCUUCUGACUGUACAUAAUGUGGUGGAUUGGCAUAGUAAUCGGAUCAGUUUUGAAUAGAUUAUAAGCGCAAAAGUAAUGGACUGGGUCAGGCAGCAGACCUAUCAGCUUGCUGUGAGCUCUUACCAAACUGUUGGAAAAAAACGGCGUUUGACCAAAUACAAUGCUAUUUCUCUGUAAACAAAUUAACAACAGACAUUCAGCAUGCUUACAGAGAAGGGCACAACAUGUACUGCACUGACACAAAUGACUGAUGAUUGGUUGAAAGAAAUUGAUAAUAAGAAGAUUGUGGGAGCUGUACUGUUAGAUUUCCGUGCAGCCUUUGAUAUUAUUGACCAUAACCUGUUGUUGAGAAAACGUAUGUGUUAUGGCUUUUCAACCUCUGCCAUAUCGUGGAUUCAGAGCUAUCUAUCUAAUAGAACUCAGAUGUUUUUUUUAAAAUGGAAGCUUCUCUAAUGUCAAACAUGUAAAGUGUGGUAUACCGCAGGGCAGCUCUCUACGCCCUCUACUCUUUUCUAUUUUUACCAAUGACCUGUCACUGGCAUUAAACAAAGCAUGUGUGUCCAUGUAUGCUGAUGAUUCAACCGUAUACGCAUUAGAAACCAUAGCUAAUUAAGUCACUGAAACCCUUAACGAAGAGUUGCAGUCAGUUUUGGAAUGGGUGGCCAGUAAUAAACUGGUCCUGAACAUCUCUAAAAUGAUUGAUCUUAUCUUGAUUAUUGUCCAGUCAUAUGGUGAAGUGCUGCAAAGACCUAGUUAAGCUGCAGCUGGCCCAGAACAGAGCGACAUGUCUUGCUCUUCAUUGUAAUCAGAGGGCUAAAAUUGAUACUAUGCAUGCCAGUCUCUCUUGGCUAUGAGUUGAGGAAAGACUGACUGCAUCACUUCUUGUUUUUAUAAGAAACAUGAAUGUGAUGGAAAUUCCAAAUUGUUUGCAUAGUCAACUUACACACAGCACUGACACAAACACCUACCCCACCAGACAUGCCACCAGGGUUCUUUUCACACUCCCCAGGUCCAGAACAAUACAUGGAACUCCCAUCUCAUAUAGCACAAGUGAAACCUGGUUAAAGCAACAACUCACGGCACAAUGCCUCUCCCCCUUGUGACCUACUUGUUGUGUGUAUGUACUGACAUGUAUGUGUAACUGAUAGAUGCACACUACAUGUUAAUGUUUUUAAAUGUACACCAUAUAUACAAAAGUAUGUGGACACCCCUUCAAAUGAGUGGAUUUGGCUAUUUCAGCCACACCCGUUGCUGACAAGUGUAUAAAAUUGAGCACGCAGCUAGCCAUGCAAUCUCCACAGACAAACAUUUGCAGUAGAAUGGCCUUACUGAAGAGCUCAGUGACUUUCAACGUGGCACUGUCAUAGGAUGCAGUGGAAAUACGUUCUCUGGAGUGAUGCUUCACCAUCUGGCAGUCCGACGGACAAAUCUGUGUUUGGCGGAUUCCAGGAGAAUGCUACCUGCAUUGUAGUUUGGUGGAGGAGGAAUAAUGGUCUGGGGCUGUUUUUCAUGGUUUGGGCUAGGCCCCUUAGUUCCAGUGAAGGGAAAUCUUAACGCUACAGCAUACAAUGACAUUUUAGAAGAUUCUGUGCAUCCAACUUUGUGGCAACAGUUUGGGGAAGGCGCUUUCCUGUUUCAGCAUGGACAAUGCCCCCGUGCACAAAGCAAGGUUCAUACAGAAAUGGUUUGUUGAGAUCGGUGUGGAAGAACUUGACUGGCCUGCAUAGAGCCCUGACCUCAACCCCAUCGAACACCUUUGGGAUAAAUUGGAACGCCGACUGUGAGCCAGGCCUAAUCGCUCAACAUCAUUGCCCGACCUCACUGAUGCUUCCAUUCAGCCACAAGAGCAAGUCACUGCAGCAUUGUCUCAACACCUAAUGGAAAGCCUUCCCUGAAGAGUGGAGGCUGUUAUAGCAGCAAAGGGGGGACCAACUCCAUAUUAAUGCCCAUGAUUUUGGGAUGAGAUGUUUGAUGAGCAGGUGUCCACAUACUUUUGAUCAUUUUGUCUGUAAUGUCUUUAUCGUUAUGUGUCGGACCCCAGUGAGGCUAGCUGUCGCCAUUGACGUUGUCUAAUGGGGAUCCUAAUAAAUCAUUGCCUUUGAGAGCCUCCUCAAUUAAAAUGUCUCUCUCCACCCCCCCUCUCUCUCUCUCUCUCCAGUAGAGAGGUCCAAGCCCCAGCAGCAGGUGCGUAACUCGGGAGCCAUCCGGCGGACUUCUUCCCUGGGUACCAUCACCGGCCCCUACCUCACCGGCCAUUGGCCUCGCGACCACCAUGUGCACUACCCCUCGUUCAUGAAAGAUAAAUCCACUCAGGUAGGUGCCCCCUCACUUCCUGUCCCCCUGUGUCCCCUAUGUGUCAUGUUUUAUCGGGUCCCCCCACUGAGAUGAAUGAAUAACUGUACACUAUGCUUUGUGCAUUAAAGAUAAAUCCACUCAGGUAGGUGCCUCCUCACUUCCUGUCCCCCUACCCUAUCCUUCAUGUGUCACGCUUUGUUCGGUCCCCCUACUGAGAUGAAUGCAUGUGGCAUUUCAUUCAACGACAAAGACCUGACGAUAUUCCAGCUAGAAUAAACUAGGUUUAUUUAUAGCUCUGGUUUGCUGAUCUGCAGAGUUUGAUCAGCAAAGCAUGCUAGUUUUGAACUAGCACACUGAGGUGAAGGACAGGGAACUGCUACAGAUGUAGGAUCUUAAUUUGACCUAUAUUGUCACAGCAAAAUAAUCCAGCAUUAACAGGAUUUGAAUGUUUACUCCAUAAUGGUGCUUGAUUGGUUUAUACAUUUACAUUUUAGUCAUUUAGCAGACGCUCUUAUCCAGAGCGACUUACAGUGAAUACAUAUAUAUAUAUUUUUUUAUACUGGCCCCCCGUGGGAAACGAACCCACAACCCUGGCGUUUCACUGGUCAAAAGUAGGCUACAUUGUUGUGCAAUACUGUUAAUAUAACUGUGGGUUUUUAGUGAAUUUAUGUAAAGCACAAAGCUCAUCUGCAAGAACAUUAGAGUGAUAAAAAAGUGAUCAAAUUAAGAUCCUACAUCUGUAAGCAGAAGUGGUUGAGUACUGAGCUGCAUCACCAUAAGGAAGUGGGCUCUUUCAAAUGACUGGUGGCAGUCAAGUUUGUACAGUACUCAGUCACUGAUUCACCUGCCCACACAGAUAUUAGUUAGCCGCUGUUGACCUCUUUCACAGGUCUAUACACCCUGUUUCCGCCAGUCAGUGUGGGCCUCUAGCCUUACUAUAGAUUAACCAGCCUGGCUCUCUGUAUUAACCUGCCUGGCCUUCUGUGUAUUGAACAAGUAGGCACUGGGUGUCACCGUAGCACAAAGGUGUCAUUGUGGAGAACAUGCGAGAUCCUGUCUGUCUGUGUGACACACGGCUUCUGCUUGUACAGAGCCACGUUGCUGCCAGUCCUGCUGCGGCUGGAAUUUUCCCCCUCCUCCUCCUCCUUGUCUUUCUCUUCUCCUGCUCCUCUUACUCCUUCUUCCACUCCUCAACUUUUCCUCGUCAUUGUCUGUAAUUCUCAGCCAUUGGGUCUGUGACCUGGAAUGUUCUCCUCCUCUUAUUCCUCCUCCUCUUCCUCGCCCUAUUCUGUACAUUGCUGUGACCUGCAACACCCACACCAUCCUGCCAGGUUAUGACAGACAGGCCCAAACACAGAGCACUAAGAUUAUGCCGAGAGAUCAAGAAGUAUUAGUGUGUGGAAGAUUGAUUGUGCAGGCUAGUGUGUGUACUGGGCCAGUUUCAAAUCUAUCCCUCAACCGGACUUUUAAUGGACAUUCUGCUUUCUGCGUUGAACAUGAUUUUACAGUGUCAGCCCAAUAUUCUGGGGUAGAUUAGGCCUUUAGUUUUUUAUUUCUCUCUCCUCUGGGUCUAGUGCAUUAGCCAGUCUCAGUGAGCGUGAGCUAGCAGGGUUAUGACACCACCGGAGCCAGUCAGAGUCAGAGAUGACAUCCCAUAAUGACCUCCUACAUCCUUUUUUUACUGCACUGCUCGGCAACCAGGACCCAAUAACCUCUCAGGCCACCCGAACACCAUAUUGCUAGAUCAUCCCAGAAACCAUAUUACUGUAUGAAUCAACCUGGCAGCCGGUUUACUGUAUGAAUCAACCUGGCAGCCGGUUUACUGUAUGAAUCAACCUGGCAGCCGGUUUACUGUAUGAAUCAACCUGGCAGCCGGUUUACUGUAUGAAUCAACCUGGCAGCCGGUUUACUGUAUGAAUCAACCACGUUUCCUUCACUUCAGCUCUUUGUCCACAUGCUUGGAAAAAUCUGCCACAUCUACAUGUGCAGUACGGACCUACUCUCCUCCUCGGCCUCGGAUCAAGGUUUAUCCUUGACUUGUGCCAUAAAGACACUGUUCAUAUGCCAAACGGCCCGAACCCUAACCAACGGAGAAACCUGGAAUUUCCCUUUGGAGUAGUAGUUCGUUGACAGAGCACAUGCAGGGAAGGUGGACCGACCAGGGAUCGGUAUGUGGUCACACAUUGUCUACUGUAAGAGGAGAGGAGAUGCUGUGUGUGUGUGUGUGCGUGUAACUCAGUUUGUGUGUGUGUGUAAGUGUGCUCCCCCUCCUCUUCCCUUAAUAGGAAAUGAAAAUGACGUAUGUUCAAAGCUUUCUCUCUCUGUUUCCUGCCUGGCUUGGUGAUGGUGUUGAACAGGUUACAGAGACUCCACAUAUUAAUAGAAGAACUCAACUGACCACUUUACAAUAUUUACUACCACUUCUGGCUACAUCACUGGCCUAGCACUUCCAUUGGCUCUUACAGUGUAUAUUCUCUGAUGCUCUGAUGAAGGCAUAACUGCGCUAGCCUGUCCGGGACGAAAAUAAAAAGGUGAAAUGAGGUGACGUCUUUGUUUAAAAAAAACAUUUUGGAGUGCCGCCGUUUCCCAAUGUUCUUGAACUUGGGAUUUAAUUCAAAGUGUACAUUCUCGCUCUCUCUCUCUCUCUCUCUCUCUCUCUGCCCUUUUGAAAGCAGAGACACACAGAGCUAGGACUAUUCUUUAUCACAGUACACACUCGAUUUAAUCCCUGUCUGAUGCCUGCCAUUUGUUGAGAGCCCUUCUCUCUUUUCUCCUUUUUACGCUUGUCUUUCUCCUCCUUUCCUCUCUCAGCUCCAGUAGCAGGUCAGACCAGGGGUAACCAAGGGGACGAAGCGAGGGCUUAUUUUUUCUGUCUCUCUCUCCAGUUGACAUAAUAACUUAUUCAUCACAGUAGCCUUAGCUGAGGCUGUGGCAUUUAGGGACCUCUCCUUGUGCUGUUGUGCACUGACACACACUAGUUGAAGCUCCAUUUUUAGAUCUUGUUAUACAUGAUGUAUACAUAUCAAGGCGUCCAUGUCAAACCUAACACUUGGGAAGGGCAAAAUCUGAAAUGGCAAAGUAGAGCACUGUUUAGGCUGGGGGCAAAAGCUGCAGUCUUUCAUUCCCUACCAUGAUGAUCAUGAUGAUUGACAUGGCUAAUGAGGAUAAGAGGUUGAUAAAUAGAUCAUGAUAUUAUUGGUUGUUUCCUUGUUGUUUCCAGACACCUGGGUGUUGGAGUGAAGAAGCAGGAGAGAGGAGGAGCACACAUCAGCGCUCGGCGUCUUGGGGCAGCGCCGACCAGCUCAAAGAGGUAUACACUCACUCACGCUUGCAUAUGCAUGCACGACACAUGCAUACGCACACACACCACACUAAAACAUGUCAUAAGAAACCCUUCAGAAGAAACUACUACUUGCAGCACUUUCCUAAUGACCAUUGGGCUGAGGUGUUCUCAAAUCAACAAUGACAAUAUAUUGUACAGUAGGCCUCCAUGUAAAACUUAUGAAAUCUGCUAUCCUAGCACACUGUGCAUCCGUAUCAUUGCUAUCAUCCUCCUUUAACCCAGACCUAGAUUCUGCCAUGUUGAGAUGGCUUUGAAGUUGACAUGACAACUAGAAUGACAUCAGUCUAUAGGAAACUGCCUACCACCUGCCAUCGGUCUCUGUCUCUCUCUUGCUCUCCACCAAGUGCCACCUUCUAUAUAUAACUUCCUGUAUGACCUCAGACUUCCGCAUGCUCAGGACUUGGUCUGUUCUAAUGCUGGGUGUCAGAGACGGAGCGUAGGGCCGGGCGGUCGAUGUCUUAUCAUCCCCUCUCAGCUCCACCAUGGUGCUAUACGGCCACCACCAGGGAGGAGGCAGAUAACACUAUCUAUCUCCCUCGCAACUAACCAGACACGUCCCCUCACAGCAACCAACCGCCAACCCAGCCAUAACCCAACAGGCAAUUUAUGGACAGGAAAGACAGCCAGGCAGGCCUCAGAUUCCUCUCUCUCUUUCUUUCAUUCUUUCUCUCCCCUUUCUCUCUCUCUCUCUGUUUUCUCUCUCUCUCCAUAGUUUAACAGCAGGGAAAGCACCUAAAAUAGUCGUGUUCAGGCAUGUUCCUUAGUAACUGUAGUGACGCUGCAGUGCAGAGGGAUUGAGUUGAAGUCUCCUUCAGUUACACCAUGAUUGUUUGUAGGGCUAUAUAACCUCAAAAGAGAUCUCAGGGUUGUUAAGCGACUGUAAUCCACAGUAAUCCUAACCUCAUAGACCUCAUUAUUUACAAACACUUCCUGUCACUUAACUCUUGUUGUGUUCUUAUUUCCUCAGCGUUACAUAGGAUGUACUCGCUCCACUUUCAACCCUGUGAAAGUACUGCCCAGCCCAGCUUAAUGUCUUACAACUCACACACGCGCGCACACAUACACAUACACAUACACAUACACAUACACAUACACAUACACAUACAGCAAUACCGCAAGGACAACAUGUUUUUUGACUUGCCAUGUAACGCUGCCGGACAAUGAACACAUUCAUACUCUGUCACAGCUGCUGACUGGGUUUUCAGUUAGCUACUGUGUACUAUAUGCACUAGUGGUAUGUCAUUUGAAGUGAAUGGCUGGGAAAGUGCAGGGAGGGGUGGAGUAAGAAUAUAAGCGCUUGAGUUUGUUUAUUUUGGUGCUGGAAUAAAGCAGUGGAGCAACGUAUUUUAUAAAACCUGUUAGGCUGGGUGUUUGUGUUGUGUUUCUAUAGUAAAAUGACUUUACAUUUACGUCAUUUAGCAGACGCUCUUAUCCAGAGCGACUUACAGUUAGUGAGUGCAUACAUUAUUUAUUUUGUAUUUUUUCAUACUGGCCCCCCGUGGGAAUCGAACCCACAACCCUGGCGUUGCAAACGCCAUGCUCUACCAACUGAGCUACAUCCCUGCCGGCCAUUCCCUCCCCUACCCUGGGCCAAUUGUGCGCCGCCCCAUGGGUCUCCCGGUCAAGGCCAGCUACGACAGAGCCUGGAUUCGAACCAGGAUCUCUAGUGGCACAGCUAGCACUGCGAUGCAGUGCCUUAGACCACUGCGCCACUCGGGAGAUAGACUUGCUGGAAGAAGAUCAAGGACAGUUUGUGUAAAUGCAUUGUGAAACAAUCAUUGUACUAUAGAAACACAACACAAACACCCAUCCUAGCAGGUCCUUAUCAAAGGAGGCUCUGUCUGAAUGGACGGGCUGAUAUGUGAUCCACUUUCUUUAGCCAUCAUGGACCUGGUGCACUCAACAGUUAGUCAGCUUUCCAGAUAACUCAAGAAUCAGUAGGUGAUAUCCUCUGCCAAAUCUCUCCUAUGAUGCUGAGUCCAAAAUAAAGAUAGUAAAGAAAAACAAAGGCUACAUGUAUUGUAAAAUAUGUUGCUCCACUGCUUUAUUCCAGCACCAAAAUAAACAAACUCCAACACAAUGCAUUUCACAAUGCAUUUACACAAACCGUCCUGUAUCUUCUUCCACCAGAGCAUGUACUUUAUCUUCUUCCACCAUAGCAUGUACUUUAUCUUCUUCCACCAUAGCAUGUACUUUAUCUUCUUCCACCAUAGCAUGUCCGUUAUCUUCUUCCACCAUAGCAUGUACUUUAUCUUCUUCCACCAUAGCAUGUCUGUUAUCUUCUUCCACCAUAGCAUGUACUUUAUCUUCUUCCACCAUAGCAUGUCCGUUAUCUUCUUCCACCAUAGCAUGUCCGUUAUCUUCUUCCACCAUAGCAUGUCUUGCUGGUGUAAAAGGUGACCUGUGUUGUGCUACUAUAGUGAAAUGACUGAGCCUACAAUUACUUCUGUGUAAAGGCGCAGGGAAAAUAACAUGUCUGGGCUUGUCCUGGCUAGUAGUGAGAUGCUGCAUACAUAAUAAGAAUAAGAUGGCUACCAUGUGGCAAGCAACUGUUUAUCUGAUUUGACAUUAACUGUACUGUGCUUCUAUCUGAUAUACAAAGGGCCCCACUUGUCUGAGAGUUCAAAAGGCUAUUUUGGCAAUUGGAACUUUCCUCUGUGGGCUAAUAUGGAUGCAAAAUUAUAAAGACAAAGAUUUGGGUCAAAGAUAUACCUAGAGCCACACAGACAGGUGUUCUAGCCCUUUGUCCUUAUUGGUCAGAGCACAGGGGAUUCUCAAACCAGAUAAGGAAGCCAAUACACAGAUAGGAACGUCUGUGGGUCUUUCAAAGGUGUGAACGACACCAUGCAAAUGAAAUACAUUAUCUAUAUCGUAAAUGGCCUUUUAAGAUGUGUUUGCAUACUCAAAUUGACCCAGUCUGUGUGCGCGUUACGUUUUAUGGAUCUUCCUUUAGCUUUUAUUUCACACUAUCUCUUUUAGAUGUACAUCGGGACUGCACAGCUCCAGCUCUACAUGUGAUCUGAUGCAUUCAUUACUGGAGCUGCCUGCCUAGGGGCUUUUCCCUGAGCUAUGGCGACCCCUGGUGGAUAUAUUGGGUUAUGUCAAAAACAUGUGAAAAGAUGAAAUAGACAAAGAAGUUAAUCUGUUAACAUGUUACUAUUCCUUUCUCUCAUUUCUCUCUUUGUCUCCUGUCUUUCUCCCUCUCUUCUCCUCUCCCUUUCUCCACUUCCUCCUCCUCUCUUCCUCCUCCCUCUGUUCUCCUCAGCAGAUAGCCAAGCUCCGGCAGCAGCUGCGUGGCAGCAGUAAGCAGCAGCAGGGAGGUCGUCAGUCUCAGUGUCAAAGAGACAAAGACAGCCUGUCCCCUUUACAGGGACCUAUCAACACCAUCAACACCACGGCCAACCAAGCACAGGUGAGGCACAAUACUGCCAUCCAAACCUGAGUUCUAUACUGGUUAUAUACUAUACAUACUGGCCCCCCGUGGGAAUCGAACCCACAACCCUGGCGUUGCAAACGCCAUGCUCUACCAACUGAGCUACAUCCCUGCCGGCCAUUCCCUCCCCUACCCUGGACGACGCUGGGCCAAUUGUGCGCCGCCCCAUGGGUCUCCCGGUCACGGCCAGCUACGACAGAGCCUGGAUUCGAACCAGGAUCUCUAGUGGCACAGCAUAGCUCAGCAAAAUGGUGUGUGUGAUUUAGCUUGUUUGGCGGAGUGGAACCAAUGCAAUCGGCCCAAAAUUUCAAACUCUGCACCCCCGCCAACCCAACACGCCAGGGAAGCUAAAUCACAAAAACUCUGCGCUUCUUAUAAUAUGUGUAAGGUGGAGGUUUCAUUUUUGAAUGUCUCUCUCUGCGGUUGUGUCCCUGGAUCCUGCAGUGGUCCUGCAUGUCUAAGUCAUCUCAGAUGUCCAACAUGACGGUACCCAAGCCCUCCAUCACCAGAGUGCCCAGCAGCAUGGAGGGAAUCAACCACGAGCUGGAGAAGGUCUUCAUCAGAGACAACAACGGAGAGAAGGAAGAGCUCAAGGUGAAGGACGGACUGUUAGACAUAUACCAUCACAUAUUUCAACCUGGUCUCAGAGUAUUUCGUAUUAUUCGCGUUAUACGCCCAGAAAUCCACUCCGACCAACCACCCUCCUUUCGUUUUUUGCCUUAAGUAACCUUCUAUCUUAUGUUACCAUACCAAAUGUAACAUAUCAUACUCAUUUGAGUGUCCCGGAUUUGCCUUUACUAUGUUACGUGUAGUCUAUGAGACCAGGCUGCAUAUUUACACUCUCAGUCAAGGGUGACUUCAGUCAGGGUCAUGUGUCUGGAGGUGACAGAGGAGUAGACACGCACACAAACGCAACCACUCAUUCACCUGUUGUGUCACUGGCAAUCCUAUUACUUCCAAAUAUUUACUGAGGAACAUCUUGCUCUCUCUCCCGCUAUCUCUCGUUCUGUAUUUUUCUUCACCCCCCUCCUCCCUCAACCCCCGCCCUCCCCAGGUGUUGGAGGUACCAGAUGGGCGGCGAGCCCCCUUUCCCCCCCAGCAGCGUAGCAGUAGUACCCGUAGCGUGGACACACAGACCCCCUCUGCCCCCGGCCGCUCCAGCAGUAGUUCCAGCCUGUCCCCCUGUCCCUCUCCCGCCUGCCCCCCGGGGUCCGGCUCACACGGGGGGAGCCCUUACUCCACCGACGAUCUGCUCUACGACAGGGAUAAAGGUAGGACUGUCAGGAUUCCCUCUCAGACCAAGGGCAAGGCCUCCAUUGUCCAUUGGACAUCCUGCUGUUGUGCCCUUGAGCAAGGCUCUGAACUCCCAACGUGGACUGUGUUUGUGUCUUGUCCGGGGGGUUGGCAGUAGAGCAUAAGGCAAAUGUAAUCUUAUUUUCUGACCGUUUCUGACCAUUGUCUCUGUCUCUCUGUCUACAGACAGUGGCAGUAGCUCUCCGCUGCCUAAGUUUGCCUCGUCUCCUAAACCCAACAACAGCUACAUGUUCAAGAGAGAACCCCCAGAGGGCUGUGAGAAGAUCAAGGUGUUUGAGGAAAUUAGGUAAUUACAGCAAGAGACCAGGGACCUGGUACAGGAGGGUUUGAUUAGAUUUUUUAGGAUCUCUUUUAUCGCACCAAAUUUCACAUGUCCUUGAUACUGAACGUCAGUUACGUUUACAUGUCAUGAAAAGAGUUAAAACGUUGUCUCUUACUUUUCUCUUUGUCUGUCCAGCUCCAGGCAGUCAGCGUCCGUCCCUCUCUUCUCCUGCCCCGACAAGAACAAGGUCAACUUCAUCUCCACCGGCUCCGCCUUCUUCCCCGUCAGACUGACCCCCGGUGCCCAGCACCUCUCUGUGACCUCUCACCCCGACGACGACCCCGAGGCCGGCCCCAGCUCAAUGAUGUCAGCAUUCUGCCGCGUCCUCCCCUCUCAGGUCCACACCUCCACCAGCACAGAUGACGCUCCCACCCCUGAGGAGGCUGCCCCUGCAAUGCCCACCUCCCCCCAGCAGGGGGAGACACCAGAGACUGCCCUCCAGACAGACAGCCUGGCCAUCAGCUAG